AUGUCAUCUGUAUUUUUAAAGACCAGGGAAACUGAAGGAUCACAUUGUCUUGAUUCUAUAGUUAUGAAAAGAAAUUCAGCUGAGGAUGAAGAAGUUGAUAUUACAGAGAUUGGUGCUGCGUACUGUACGAGUACUGUAAAUAGAAUAGAAACCUCAUCUAUAUCAAGCCAAAAACGAGUACGUUCCCCGCAAAUGAGUUCAUCAUUCACAGGGGAAGUAUGUUGUAGCAGUAACGAUGAUAAUGAUGUCGACAUUGUCGAGCACAGCAACCGACUCUUAGAACUCUUGCGCGUACGGCGACGAGAAUGGAAUGUUAGAGUUGGCGUUUCAACAGAAUCAUCGAGUGAAUAUUACAUAAAUGAGUUAAGCUUAAAAGAAAGUAAUACACAAAUUUUAAAGACUUCAUCACCUCCCUUAAUUCAAUUGCCUGUCACAGAAAGAUAUUUAAAAAAAGUCAACGUUCAUCGAAGUGGAUGUGAAUCAAUCAGAGAAGAAGAAAAAGAGCCAUCUUAUCUUUCAUCACCACCUCCAGUGGUUCAUAACGUUGCCACACAAACACAAACAACUUCAAUUGAAGGCAAUAAUCAGAUGAUAGAUACUAAUAUGGCACCAGCGGAUUUAUUAAUGCUUCGAUUGUGUGAGUUAGAUGCUUUGCUUCAUAUAUUUUUUUCUUGA